AUGAUGACCACCACUCCCAUUCCCGGACCCAAGGGCUUGCCCAUCAUCGGUAACCUCUUAGAGCUCCAAGACGAAGUACCUAUCCAUGCACUUGAACGACUUGGAGAUGUGUACAAGGAUAUCUUCAAAUUGAAGAUUGCAGGGCACGAUAACUAUUUCGUCUGCAGCCACGAACUCUUCAACGAGCUAUGUGACGAGACACGAUUCUUCAAGUUUGCCCCUCCAGCACUGGUGGCAGACGAGCCCGAGGGCCGUGCUAGAGGCCUGUUCUCCUCUAACACAGAGAAGGAACAGGACUGGGCUCAAGCACACAGAAUUCUCAUCCCGGCCUUUGGACCUAUGGCCAUUCUGGAUAUGUAUGAUGAGAUGUACGAUAUUGCCACACAACUCAUCAUGAAAUGGGCCCGACAAGGUCCCGAGACCCCCAUAUUGGCAACCGACGACUUCACCAGGCUCACACUAGACACCAUUGCCCUCUGUGCCAUGGACUAUCGAUUCAAUUCUUUCUACAGUGAUGUGGCACAUCCGUAUGUAAAAGCCAUGGGCCAAAAUCUCACUUCGCGCAGUGAGAGGGGCCAAAUAGGCAAUAUAUUCAAAAGGAUGCUUCCAGGGUAUCAAGCUGAGAUUCAGAAGAACUUCGACUACAUGCAAAGCAUCGCCGACGACAUAAUACAGCAUCGUCGCCAGAACCCCACGGACAAAAAAGAUUUGCUCAAUGCCAUGAUCAAUGGCAAAGAUCCUAAGACCGGUGAGGGGAUGCGUGAUGAGCUAAUUGCAGCUAACAUGCAGACCUUCUUGAUUGCUGGACACGAGACAACAUCUGGUCUUUUAUCAUUCGCGUUCAUGAAUAUGCUUUUGAAACCUGAGACGUAUUUUGCUGCGAGGGAAGAGGUUGAUCGUGUGAUUGGUAAAGAGAAUGUCCAAGCCAAGCACCUCAAGGAACUUCAUUACAUUGAGGCCGUUUUGCGCGAGACACUUCGAUUGAGCCCAACUGCUCCGGCCUUUGCGCGCGGUGUUAGGCCUGAAAAUACGGAGGAGACUGUGGCUAUUGGGAAAGCAAGAUACGAAAUCCCUCGCGGCCAGCCGGUACUAUGCCUGUUGAGCAAAAUUCAACGAGAUCCUGCCGUUUUUGGAGAUGACGCGGAUGAGUUCAAGCCUGAAAGAAUGCUGGAUGGAAAAUUUGAAGACCUGCCAAAGAAUGUGUGGAAGCCUUUUGGAACCGGACUCAGGGGCUGUAUUGGACGCGCUUUUGCUUGGCAGGAAGCAUUGAUGGUGACCGCCAUGGUACUCCAGAACUUUGACAUCUCUCUUGAUAAUCCCAAUUACAAGAUCCGAAUCCAGCAGAGCUUGACAAUUAAGCCUGCAGAUUGUUACAUUAGGGCGAGAUUACGCAGCGGCAUCUCUGCCGUGACUCUUCAGAGCCGGCUUUCUGGCUCACAGAAACAACAAUCCGAGGAACCAGCAUCAGCGACCUCAAACGAGGAUCAAGAGAAAGGACAGCCUUUGUUGAUCUUGUUUGGCUCCAACACCGGGUCCUGCCAGGCCCUGGCACAGAAAUUGGCAUCACAGGCUGCAGAGCAGGGUUACAAUGCCACAGUUACUGACAUGGAUAAUGGAGUUCAACAACUCCCCGCUGAUGGCACCCCCACAAUUGUCAUCACAGCAUCUUAUGAGGGCCAGCCAACCGACAAUGCCACUCGCUUUAUCGCUUGGCUUCAAAGCCUCCAGGGCGGUGACAAGUUGAAGGGAAGUCGGUUUGCCGUGUUCGGUUGCGGCCACAAGGACUGGUCAGCCACUUACCAGCGUAUCCCCAAAUUGGUGGAUACUCUGAUUGAAGCGAAUGGAGGCCUAAGACUAGCAGAUCGAGGAGUCUCGGAUGCAUCUCAAGGAGAUAUUUCUGGGGAUUUUGAGAAGUGGACUACUGAAAAGUUAUGGCCAAUGCUUCUAUCUGACCACCAUGCUGGUCAUUCUUUGGAGAAGAUGAAACCCAAGAUGCCAAAGGUGGAAUUCAGCAUAUCCCGUGAACAACGAGCCCAAAACCUCCAAGCGAAAGCAGAGUGGGCUGAGGUUACUUAUGUCAAGUCACUGACACAGCCCGGGGAGUCAGAGAAGCGACAUAUUGAAUUCAAGCUGCCAGAAAGCUUUGAUUACCAGGCUGGAGACUAUCUUGCGGUUUUGCCUCUAAACCCAGAUGUAACCAUUAAGAGAGUCAUGCGAAGAUUCAACUUGCCUGCAGAUGGUGUGGUCAAAAUCACGAAACAGGGUUCAACGAUGCUUCCCACUGACCAACCAAUCUCCAUCUCCGACUUGUUGGCUGGAUAUGUUGAACUUUCGCAGCCUGCAACUAAAAGAGAUCUCGAACUCUUGGUUGAUACUGUCCCUGAAGGAGACGAGAAAUCGGCUAUCAUGUCCCUUGCCGAAGAGCCCAACUUCACGACUUAUGUCAAGAAGCAACGUAUAAGCCUCCUGGAUGUACUCGAGUCCAACGUGCCGUCAUCCGCCAUCAGUUUUGCCUCUUUCCUCGCUUUAUUGCCCCCUCUUAAGGCUCGCUACUAUUCUAUCUCAUCUUCUCCUCUCGCCGACCCCUCCAUUUGCUCGCUCACAUACAGCGUUCUGGAUGCACCUGCCUGGGCCGACGGGAAAAAGCACUUCAUCGGUGUGGCGGGGAACUACCUCAAGUCUCUGGCUCCUGGCGACAAGGCGCUAGUUUCCAUCCGCGCAUCUAGUCCUAAGUUCAAGAUGCCCAAGGCCCCUGAGGCAACCCCCAUCAUCAUGCUCUGUGCCGGAACAGGUCUCGCUCCUUUCCGAGCUUUCAUGCAGGAGCGAGCUAUCCUCAUUCGCGAAGGGAGACGUACGCUCGCGUCUGCACUUCUGAUUGUUGGAUGUCGCACCGCCGAAAGUGAUCGACUCUAUGCUGAAGAGAUGGACGAGUGGAACAGGUUAGGGGUUGCGGAUGUGCGAUAUGCUUUUAGCCGCGAGCCCAAUCACCAAUUGGCCAAUGGGUGUUCUCGGGUGCAGGACCGUUUGGUGCAGUCUGGCGAGGACGUCGUACGGCUAUUUCAAGCUGGAGCCAAGGUGUACACUUGCGGAAGUAGUGCUCUUCUCCAAGGGAUGAAGGAAGCAGCAACAGCUGUUAUUGUGCAGUCAAGACAGAAGAAGGGUCUCAGUGCGAGUGACGAGGAUGUGGAGAACUGGUUCCGACAACAUCAUGAUGAUAGACUUGUGAGCGAUGUAUUUUCUUGA